AUGAAUUUCUUGACUUUGAAGAUAGACCAACUACAAGUCAAAGUGUUCAAUAAUAACUCAAUAAUGUUGGUUAGAAAAUGAAGGAAUAUAAAGAUAAAAUAUUCACUUCACAUUCUAGAGCUAAUUCUAGUGCUACAAAAAUGAAUUAAAACAUCACACUUAAAAGUCAAAGUCUCCUAUAUGGGAUAGAAUGAAUUCUUAAAAUUCAUAAAAGAAGAAAAUCUUUGAUGAGACUCCACUUCCUCUUGUCAAAAGAACUAAACCUUAGAUUUUUAGUAAACCUGAAUGGAAACAAACUAAUCUUCAAUUAACUAAACCUGUAGUUUCAUAAUCAUCAGAAGAUUUAGAUGAAAGCAGUUUAACAAUAUAGUUUUUAAUAACUGAGGAUAAAGACAUUGAUGAAAUGUAUUAUAUAGACAAUAAUGAAUCUGAAAUCUUGAGUUAUUUGAUUACAUAAAUCGGCAAAAGACCGACUCUUGAAAUUUAAGGUACUAUGAUUGAAAACUUAACUCGUAAAAAUAAUGAAGUUAAAAAACAACUAUCACUCAAAUUAAUGGAGAAUCAACAUUAAUUGAAUUGGGGUUAUUAUAUGUGAGAUGCUCUAUCUUUUAGAGUUAAUUAAUGUUGUGCCAGAAUUGCCAGCUAGAUUAGUUUUAAAAUUAUUGAAGUAGACUCAUAAAGAUUUAGGAUUGAAAAUUUAAAAGAAGUAAAAAUAAAAAGAAGAACUUGAAAUUAAAAUAUCGAAUGUUAUCAAGUUUAGAUAACAAUAUUAAUAAAUACAUGAUCUCUUAUCUGAAUUAAAUAAAGAUCAACUGACAACUGAUAGUUGGUCCUUAUAUAAAAUAAUCUCAAUCAAAGACUUAGUUUGGAGUCAAUCAAGAGAUUUGAAACAAUAAAUGCACUUAUAUUAUUGCUUUAAUGAUAUUAGAGGAUACAUAGAAUCCUUAUUUCAGUAAUAAUUAGAGUAUUCUUAUCGUUUCUUCACUCAAAACAUUAUUUUGACAUUUGUUUAAAAUAAUAAAGAUAAGAUGAACUAUUAAAAAUGUUAGACAGUAUGUGUGAUUAUCUUUAAUAUUAUGAAUUGAAUAAUAAAAGUGUUGAUUUUAGUAAAUAGAUAAGAACUUCGCUUUAAAAUCAAUUUAGAAGUAUUAUUAGACAAUAAUUAAAAAAUGAAAAUAUAGAAAUUAAACCUAUCAAUCUUAACAAAUAACUUAUGGUAUUUUAAUUAAGUAUUCUAUUAGAAAAAAGGAGUUAAAUAUGAUUGCUUACAUUAAUUGAAUAAAUAUUUGACAGCAUUUUUAACUUCAUUCUAUCUUACAUCAUUUUCUCUUGGUUUGAUUGUUUAACAAUUCUAAAAAUUAUUGUCAAUCAACACUUAAUAAAAGAAAUAACCCUUAUUAAAAAAGAUUGGAUUUUGA